UAGUUUCAGUACUGUUUGAAUUCUGUAUUGGUUUUUAAAGUGUCAUUAUUUACCUAAAGAAAAUCAUGUGUCUGGUAAGUGCUUUGUUUUUAUUAGCUCCCCAAUAAGCAUAUCCUUAAUAAAUAGAACAGAACUCUCUAGUCAGUUAUUUCCAGUGAGCUGUAGCAGAAUGGAUGAAAGCCUUUCUUUAAGAGGAGCAGCCUUUGCCUGCAAAUCCAAUAUCUUGCAACAAGGAUUUAAAAUGUGUAUCCAAGACCUGUAUGACAAGGACAGCAACUCACAGGGUUUUGUCAAUUUUGGAACAAGUGAAAACAAGAUUUGCUUUGAUUUACUACAUGAAAGACUCACAAGGCCUGAUCUGAACUAUUUAGAGCCCAGUCUGCUGGAAUAUAAUGCCCCAUAUGGCAUCAAGAGCCUCCGAGAAGCCGCUGCUGAAUUUCUUUCCUAUUACUGCCAGGCUCCUGUUCCUUUAAAUCCAGAUAAUAUCAUUAUUUUGAAUGGAUGUAACUCCAUAUUCUGUUCCCUCUCCGCUUCGAUAUUUAAUCCAGGAGAUGGUUUCCUCAUUCCCACGCCAUACUACAACUUAAUAGAUGAAUACACUGGAGCAUAUACUGGAGCACGACCUAUACACGUUCCACUGUCCAGCAAGGUAACAGAGACCGAAAACUAUCCAUUUCAAUUAACAAUAAAGAAGUUGGAAGAUGCCAUGGAAGAAGGAAAGAAAGAGGGUAUCCCCAUCAAAGCACUGAUAUUGAUCAAUCCCCAGAAUCCUUUAGGUGAAAUUUAUUCUAAAGAAUUCCUGGUCGAAUGUCUUGAUUUUGGACAAAGGCAUAAUUUGCAUGUGAUUAUAGAUGAAAUAUAUAUGCUGUCUGUUUUUAACAACGCCACUUUUACAAGUGUACUUUCCCUUCAUGAGGUCCCAGAUCCAGAGAUGACACAUUUUAUUUGGGGACUAGGAAAAGAUUUUGCAAUGAGUGGCAUGAGGAUUGGAAUAUUUUAUACCAAAAACCAACAUGUGCUUAAAUCUAUGAGCCACCUUGCUCUGUUUCACCAAUGCCCUGGACCUACGCAGUAUGUUAUCUCCAGGCUACUGGGAGACAGAGAGUGGUUGGAAAACACAUUCAUUCCAGGUAAUAGGCAACGUCUCAAGGAAUCCCAGUUGAUCAUGGUCCAUGGUCUGCAGGAUCUGGGGAUUCCAGUUCUCAAAAGCUCAGCAGGACUCUAUGUUUGGGCAGACUUCAGAAAAUUUUUGACAGCCCAGACAUUAGAAGCAGAGAUGGAGUUAUGGUGGAGGUUUCUUGGAGAAAAGCUGUACAUCGCUCCCGGUAAGGCCUUUGAAUGUUAUGAGCCUGGCUGGUUUCGCCUGACAUUUUCUCUUCCAAGCGACCUUUUGCAAGCAGGCUUAAAGAAACUUAAGAAACUGUUGAAGCAAGAGACGAAAACUGAAAACUGCAACUAAAAUAACGUCCUAUAACAUGGGACUGAUGGGUUUAAUUAAAUGAUAUAAAUGAAA